AUGGAAAUGAAGAACACCAUUACAGAGUUAAAAGAAAUGAUUAAACACAUGGCUGGUCACUCACGGGUUGCUGGUAAGAUAAUUUUAAAGAAAGAAAUACCUCAUACAGUGAUAAUUCGGUUCCAAGGUAUGUCCGGUUCUACUGAUCAAGAAGGCAACACGGAAUUAAGAAACCUACUCAGCAGUAUCUACACCGAGGAGAAGAAAAAGGGUUUGUUGAAGAACCCCAAUCAUUUAGGCCAACGUGUUAAAGCUAAACCCGUAGGUGUCUCUGCAAAGAACCAGGUCAUUGAGGCCUCGGGAACCUACUUCGAAAGCGACCACAAUAUAUUGGAAGGUGGUCCUGUUUCAAUGAAUGACUGCGAACUGGAACGUCGAUACGAUUUGUCUUACACCGCGAUGAAAAAUUUCGUAACCGUUUACGUCCUUCCUCAGUUUACGCUGUAUUCAGGUUUUACUUACAUGAAGAUCAGUCAGAAACCGCGUAAAGUCAAUUCUUAUGACCAAUGCACAACUGCUUCCAGCCUGACACGCAAAACAAAACCAAGAAUGAUUCAAUCUUUAAAGGCGGGUUGUUCAUUUAAACAAGGAAGUGUAUCAGAAAAGAGGAGAUGA